ACAUCCACUAUGCACAAAAAAGUGUUUAAGCUAUUUUUGAUCAAUAAAUAUCCACUGUCCUUCAAGUACAUAUUGCAGCUUGAUUGUCUGGAUAAUUUGCUAUUGUUGGGUCACUACUAUGAGCGUGAUGAUCUGUCAGGAAUGCAAUUGAGUGGAAACAAGGUGAGAAAGCUGGAGUUUUUGUUGGCAGAUGCGGUGGCACAGGGGGCUGACUGCAUAGUGACUAUAGGUGUCAUACAAAGUAAUCAUUGUCGUGCGACUGCUGUCGCUGCCAAGUACUUAAAUCUUGACUGUUAUCUCAUUUUACGCACUUCAAAGUUACUUGUGGAUAAUGAUCCUGGAUUCACAGGAAACCUCCUUAUUGACCGUUUAGUUGGAGCACAUAUCGAUCUUGUUUCAAAAGAAGACUAUGCAAAUAUUGGCAGUGAGGUUCUUACCAAAUUAUUGAAAGAAAAGUUGUUAAAUGAAGGGAGAAAGCCGUACGUCAUCCCUGAAGGUGGAUCCAAUUCUCUAGGAACCUGGGGCUAUAUUGAGGCAAUCAGGGAAGUUGAGCAACAACUUCAGCACUCUAACAGUGAAUUGAAAUUCGAUGAUAUUGUUGUAGCUUGUGGCAGUGGGGGCACGGUUGCUGGUUUGUCAGUUGCAUCCAGGCUCAGUGGCUUGAAAGCAAAAAUUCAUGCAUUCUGUGUUUGUGACGAUCCAGAUUAUUUUUAUGAACAUCUUCCAGGCCUACAUGAUGGAAUUAAUGCAGGGGUUAGCUCCCGUGAUAUUGUUAGCAUCGAAAAUGCGAGAGGUCUCGGGUAUGCUAUGAGCACCGCUGAUGAGCUUAUAUUUUUGAAGCAAGUUGCUGAAGCCACAGGUGUUAUUCUUGACCCUGUUUACAGCGGUAAAGCAGCUUAUGAAAUGAUGAAUGACAUGCGCGAGAAUCCAAGGAAAUGGGAGGGAAGAAAGAUUCUCUUCAUACACACAGGUGGGCUACUAGGUGUGUAUGACAAAGGUGAUGAAAUAGCCUCAUUCCUGGGAAAAUAUCGUAAAAUGGAUAUCCAUGAAUCUGUCCCUAGACAAGAAGGCAUCGGAAAAAUGGUUUGAAAUUGCCAACAAAGGUGAUAACAAUUGUGUUGUUAUUUACGUGUACGGGAAUUAAGAUUCGAAUUCCAGCAUUUCUAGAUUUUAAAUGAAUAAAGGAUCAGCUGCUUUAUAUGCCACUUCUAAAACUAGUAAAAUUAAUGAGAAUAUGUGAUUUCUUCUUGCUAUCCCACGCCUUUAGCGAGACCGUCUUGUAGUGGGGUUUCUACCGGCCGGGGAGUUUUCGUUUUUAAACUAAUCAUGUUAUUCAAAUCAACAUGUGUGUACCUCGUCUAUUA